GACUAGAAUGCUCUAUGGUAUAACUCAUCAGUUCCAAUUCCAACUCCAACCCAAAUUUUAAACCCUUUGAAGAAAAACAUUUGUUAGUAUUAUCAUUAGCUUAUAUCAUCCAUGAAAGUAUACAAGCCUAGCUAUUCUUAUGGUGCCAACCAAAAAAGCUUCUCCAAAUAUGAGCACCAAGAACAUACGAGCCAAUCAAACUAUGCCAAGUAUGCAAGUGAUGACAAGCCCAUUUCAUCAAGCUAUGAUGGGGUGGCCCAAGAUGAUUUAUUGGGCCAAUCUAUAGGUGGCUUUGAUACAAAUGGGUCAAGUCAUGUUAACGGAAACAAGUCCACCAAGUACUAUGCCCAUGCCCAAAGCGCGCUCCCAAGCCCAUCAAUUCAUGUGCAAGAAGGCCAUCAUGUGAUGGGGAAAAUGAAGAGGCAUGACAGUAUUGUGGGCCAGGAAUGGGCUAGCAAUUCUCCAAAGUGCCCAAACCCAGCCAUGGUGGACCAAUCUAGUCUCACCAUGCAUGAUGAGAAGCAUGUGAUGGGAAAAAUGGAGCAGGGCUGGUCUAAAAAGCCCAAUCAGUACUCUAUGCCAGCCCAAUACUAUCAAGAUGAGUCCAUGUACAAGGAAGGAGAGCAAAAGGGUUACAAUUAUGGUGAUGGUGGAUCUGAAGGUGGUUAUGGCACACUCCCUAGUCCAAAAUACCCUAGCCAGAUUAAGACUAAUCAAUCGGGCUUCAUGGCGCGUAAAGAAGAGCAUAUGAUGGGAAAUACGGAACAGGGUUGGGCUAACUCAAGCUCUAAAUUCUCUAGCCCAACCCAUGCUCAACGCUCGGACCUUGCUAUGCACGAUGAAGAUUAUAUAGCAGGAAAAACAGAUAUUGGUUGGGCUAACUCACCCGGUAAAUUUCCGAGCUCUGGUCAAACUCAUCAGUCUGGUCUGACAAUGCAUAAAAAAGAACAAAUGAUGGAGAAUAAUGAGCAUGGUUGGGAUCACUCACCCAAUGAAUUCUCAGAUUCAAACCAAAUUCAUCAUGAUGAUAAGUCAAUUCGGCAACAUGGUUAUUCACCAAAUAACUUCUCUGGUCCAACUCAAAAUCAUUACGCUGAUAUGUCAAUGCAUAACGAGGAGCAUAUGAUGGGGAAAACGGGUCAUGGCUGGGCCAACUCACCAAAUAAGUUCUCUAAUCCAGCCCAAACACUACACUCUGGCCAAGGAAUGCAUAAACAUGAACAAAUGGCGGGGAACGUGAAUCAUGGUUGGACCAACUCAUCAAAUAAGUUCUCUAAUCCAACCCAAGUUCAUCAAUUUGGCAACGGGACACAUCACACGAGUAAUGGUUGGGCUAAUCCGCCCACUAAAUACUCGGGGCCAAAUAAUUUUAGUAGCUCGAACAACACCAUGCACGGAGAGGGCGGACAAUACGGUUGGGGUGGAAAGUCCAGCAAUGGAUUUGGGACAAACCAAAUCAAUAAUUCAGCGCACGCCUCCUACACGGACUACGACCAGCAUGUGGAUGAGGGUGUUCAUGACAUUAUGGAUGAAAUACUGACCAAGUACCCAUCCCAUAAUGUUAGUGGUGGACAUGGAAAUGGAAAUGGAAAUGGAAAUGGAAAUGGUUGGGUCACCAAGCCCAAUAACUAUGCAAGCCAAAACAAGGAUAUGGGCUCAGCUCAAUAUGGAAGUGCGGGGCAAUAUGGAAGUGGAGCACAACAUGGAAGUGUGGGCCAAUAUGGAGGUGCAUCACAAUAUGGAAGUGUAGGCCAAUAUGGAGGUGCAACGCAAUAUGGAAGUGCAGCCGAAUAUGGAGGUACAACACAAUAUGGAAGUGCGGCACAAUAUGGAAGUACAGCCCAAUAUGGAGGUGCGGCGCAAUAUGGAAGUGCAGCACAAACUGUGACGAGUGCUUGUUCCAAGUUCGCAGCAAACAAAGAGCUGAAUGUAGGAUUCUCGUCCAGCUCCAACAAGGAAGAAUACUCCUCCAGUUCUAGUGUCAAGAAGUUUGCGGCAAAGAUCAUGUUAAGCAGAAAAGGGUAACGAUAACAAAAGAUACUAUAUACGAUCGAGGUUUACCAAGUGAGACGCAAGCUUGGAGUUAAAUUUUAAAAAAAAAAAUUAAAAUAAAAUGGAAGAAAGGCCUUGUCAUUUGCCUAUUUGAUUUCGCAUAUGCUUUAAUACUUACCCUAUGUAAAAUAAUCUAUGGUGCUCGCUCAUUCUCUUUAAGCAUUUUUAUUUAUAUAAUGACUCAGUCAUUGUCUUGUA